AUGAGAGGCUUAAAAUCAGUAAGUAGGCCUCGGCAACCCAGUCCGAAACCGCCGGGCUUGUGGGCAGUCGAAGAAUGCGAUUUCAUCUUUUCUGCGCAAUCAUCAGAUGAAAGACACUUUCAUUUGUCACACAGAAAGUUGGCUCUUAACCACUACCAAACAGGCCCUGUAGACACGAAUCACUUGGCUCAUUCAUUCGUCAAUUUGGAGCAACUUGACGAUGCCUUUGUGCACCGUCUGGGUCCCUCACCGAAACGCAUCCGUCUCAAGUCUGGUUGA